CCCAGGUGCCAUGGGCAGUGCAGCUGCUGCAGCGCUCAGGUCAGAGACUGCACUGGAAGAGACAAGCUUUUGUUUCUUUCAGCUGACAGAUGCUGCUGACAGUGAUGAAUCUGCUGUACCUCUUCAUCCUGCUGGCUGUGUACAGACAUGCACAUGGUACCUGGGACAACUGCAGAGGGACCUGUGGGCUCCGGCCCAUGGCUUCUGACUACAACUCCAUAGCUGCUGACUACAGAAUCGUGACUGGCACAGGUGCCCUGCCAGGGGCCUGGCCCUGGAUUGUCAGCAUCCAGGACCCCAGGAAAACAGGCACUGGCCAUACAUGUGGAGGGUCCCUCAUCAGCCCACAGUGGGUCCUCACAGCAGCCCACUGCUUCCUCCAGGCCAGGAAUGUCACCAUGUGGCGUGUGCUGAUCGGGGCCACCAAGCUGACCCAUCUGGGCCCCGAGACCCAGGUGCGCCACAUCAAGCGGCUCCUGGCCCACCAGGAGUACAUGGCUGAUUCCCAGCAGAACGACAUUGCCCUGCUGGAGCUGGACGAGCCCGUGGAGUGCAGUGACUAUGUCCAGCUUGCCUGCGUGCCCAACGCCUCGCUCACAGUGUCAGAGCUGAAAACUUGCUACAUUGCUGGCUGGGGUUCUGCCAGUGCAAAAGCUCAGGGUCCGAGUGAUGUCCUGCAGGAAGCCAAGGUCCGUCUCCUGGAUAUCCGGCUGGUUAACAGCAGCCGCCGCUACGCCGGGGCCAUCCACACCCACAACCUGUGUGCUGGCUACCCACGGGGUGGCAUGGACACCUGCCAGGGUGACAGUGGCGGGCCUCUGGUGUGCAAAGAUAACCGUGCCAGCUACUUCUGGCUUGUUGGAGUGACCAGCUGGGGAAAAGGCUGUGCCAGAACAAAACGGCCGGGAGUUUACACCUCCACUCAGUACUUCUACAACUGGAUCCUGAUCCAGAUGGGUGUGUGCCCACCUGGAACAGCCACUCCAGCAGCAGAGCCAACCUGCAUCUCAACCCCUCUUGAGCAGCCAGAGCCCACACCAACAGAGUCAGGCUGCCCUUCUACCACUCCAUGUCCAGAGUCAGCUGAAACAGCCACUCCAGCACCAGAGCCAACCUUCAGCUCAGCCCCCUUGGAGCAGCCAGAGCCCACACCAACAGAGUCAGGCUGUUCUACUCUCACUCCAUGUCCAGAGUCAGCUGAAACAGCCACUCCAGCACCAGAGCCAACCUUCAGCUCAACCCCUUUUGAGCAGCCACAGCCAACACCAACAGAGUCAGGCUGUUCUACUCUCACUCCAUGUCCAGAGUCAGCUGAAACAGCCACUCCAGCACCAGAGCCAACCUUCAGCUCAGCCCCCUUGGAGCAGCCAGAGCCCACACCAACAGAGUCAGGCUGUUCUACUCUCACUCCAUGUCCAGAGUCAGCUGAAACAGCCACUCCAGGACCAGAGCCAACCUUCAGCUCAGCCCCCUUGGAGCAGCCAGAGCCAACACCAACAGAGUCAGGCUGUUCUACUCUCACUCCAUGUCCAGAGUCAGCUGAAACAGCCACUUCAAUGCCAGAGCCAACCUUCAGCUCAACCCCUUUUGAGCAGUCAGAGCCCACACCAACAGAGUCAGGCUGCUGUACUCCCACUCCUGAUCACUCAACUGCAACAGCCACACCAGAGCCAGCAUUGACCUCAAACCCCUCUGAGGAGCCAAUGUCAAUGCAACCUCUCUUGCCUGCUCCACAUCCGUACCAGAUAGUGGUGAAAUUCUUAACUCGGGUGCACCAGAUACUGCUGGGCCUCAUGAGAAAAAAGACAUGGGCAGCAGGAUGAACAGGAUCCAGUGCAGGCUGCAGUGGACCAUGACCAUUUCGUACUGGGGCAGUGCCUGCUCAUCCAAAGGCAGCCUCAGGUCAAAGGCGUCCUCUGUCCUGCCAAUCUUCCUCCUCUGCAUGCACACAAAUGCUGAAAUUUAUUUAGUUGUGUAAAUAAAGUUGCCUAUUACCACUGUUA